UCCUCCCGAGCCUUUUGUGUUUGAAACUCUCAUAUCUCACAUAUCAAUAAUUCAAGCGCGCGAGAGAGAGAGCAGACGGAGCUCCCCCCGCGCGCUAUGAGUUCUGCUGCCUCGUCACUCGUCCAGGGCCCCUCCGCAUCGCGCGCGACUCCCGCUUAUUGUGUUUCCAAGUGACACCAAGCUGCACAGAAGUGAGAAAAGAAGAAAAGAACAGGUUAAACUGGCGGCUCGACCGGAGAUGCAGGAGCAAUAAACUGAUUUUCGAAAAAAGGAGAGACGCCUAAAAAUAAACCGUCUGGUUUCCCCUCCAAGAGACUCCGCGAGGGAGAAACUGUUUGCAGUGGGAAAAUUAAAUCCUAGAAAACGGACUGGCAUCUAGUUCUUAAACACAACUCCUUAAGGUUCAUCUGGGGAACACUGGGAAACUCUUCCGACUUUACUUUUUCCAAAAGGGAUUAGACCCGCGGCUUCAGGUGUGAAGACAACGGGAGAAGUUCAUCGUUCUGGUCCGGUAUGUUGGCGUUUUGCCUGCUGAGUGCCGUGUGGCUCACGGCGAGCCCGGCCCGCGCUCAGAACGAGACGGAACCAAUCAUCCUGGAGGGGAAGUGCCUAGUGGUGUGUGACUCCAACCCGGCCGCGGACCCCACAGGCACGGCGCUCGGGAUCUCGGUGCGCUCGGGCAGCGCCAAGGUGGCGUUCUCCGCAGUCCGGAACACCAACCAUGAACCCUCCGAGAUGAGUAAUCGGACCAUGGUCAUCUACUUCGACCGGGUUCUAGUAAACUUUGGGAAGAAUUUUGACGAAGAGAGAAGUAAUUUCAUCGCGCCGCGCAAAGGGAUUUACAGUUUUAACUUCCACGUAGUGAAAGUCUACAACCGCCAAACUAUACAGGUGAGCCUGAUGCACAACGGCUGGCCGGUGAUUUCAGCGUUUGCCGGCGACCAGGAUGUGACGCGCGAGGCGGCCAGUAAUGGUGUCCUGAUCCAGAUGGAGAAGGGAGACCGGGCCUACCUCAAACUGGAGAGAGGAAACCUAAUGGGAGGAUGGAAAUACUCCACCUUCUCCGGCUUCCUGGUGUUCCCCGUGUAGAGGAAGAGGGAGAGGAAGAGGAGGAGCAGGGGGUGGAAACGAACGAGGAGGAGCUGGUGAAAGAAUGAUGAUGAAGGGGGGAAAAGGCAGAUGGAGGAAGAAGAGGGGCGUGGGAAAGAGAAAAGGACGUGAAAAAAGAUGGUGUAAAGAAGAAAAGAGAAGAGGGAACGUGACAACAGACUCUGUUUGGGACGCUGCAGAGGGAGGAAGGAUGAGAGAUGUUAGAGAUGUAGGAGCGUUUAUACGAUGGUAAAACGAGAGAAGAAUUAUGAAGCCAGUACAUGAAGGUGUAUGGCCAGCUUCACUUCCCUUCCUCCUUUUCAUCCAUACUUUUCAUCCAUCCUUUCCUCCCUCUGUUUUCUCUGUGGCUUGACUGCAGCUUUGGACAGCCAAAACCUUUUUUAUUCUCUGCUGAAAGACGCAAUUGAUCAUUUGUAUGUUCCAGCGUGUUCUAAAGCCCGAGUGUAACCCCUCCCUUCCUCCACAUUCAUUCAAUCAUGCAUUCAUCAAUCUCUAUCAACAUAAGCUUUGAAGAAUGUUUCUUGAAGAACUGCUCCCCACGUCUCCAAUUUACUGUGGCCAUAUUUGUAGUCAUCGGUUUUCAUGCCCAACAUAGAUUGCACUGAUUUUGGAUCGGCCUCUACCCCAAAGCCAAACUAGAAUUUUUAUAGGGGGAAACAUUAAACUCUGAUCACAAAAUCAGGUGCUACAUUUACAUUCCCUGUAAAUAAUUGUUUUGCACUUAUCAUAAUAAUCAUUGGCUUUUGAUGUACUCAGAUACCAAGUGGUUCAUGUCCGGUGUCCACCCCACAACUCAUGUGCGGCACAUAAAUGUAGCGCUUCUUACACAUAAUCCAGCCAUCAAUUACGUUUCUGUACAGAAUGUAAUCAUGAAAUCAAAUGAGUUGUAUAUAAAUGUAAGGAGCAGGGAGGACACAGUGUUGCUAUCUGACUUCUAUCAGGAAACUAGAAGAUUCAAAAUGAAUAUGGUACCAGCUAGCACAAUCAAAGCAUUAGAAACUAGAAUGGCACUCGGAGAGCGCUGACCUCCGCCAACGCCAACGGUGCAUUCUUGUGCUCCUCGGAUUUGUCCCAUUUGCCAAGUUGGGAAGUCAUUCUUCCGACUUCAGUGUGUUCAUGAGCUUUAAGUCGUAAUGUGGACGCAACAUGGACGCUACAAAGAAGAUAUGUUGUAGUUUAUUGCUCAGAGCGUUCAAACAACACGUUGAUAUCUGUUUCCGAGUUGUUGUUCCGACUUCAGGGGGCGCUCACCUGAAUUUAGUAGUUUUUCUGAUUAUUCCGACAUCACGAUCCAACAUUUUAAGGUAAACUGUUCAAUUUAGAUGAACAAAAACUUCUGCCGUGUAUUUUAUGACCCUAAGAUCGGUACUGAUACAAUUCCCACAGAAAGCAUGGCUGUAUGCCUACUGUACCUUGCUCCUUCAGCGUUUUUAUCAUCUCUCUGGUAGACACACAAACAUUCAAAAACAACCUCCAUAUUGUCCUCCCAUCCUUCGUCCACACCUUCAUCCCCUGCCCUCGGCCUCCCUCCAUCACCGCUACUGUUUUUUCAGAUUUAUACCCCUCCCUCUCCAGGAUCCUCUUCUCUCUUCAACCAUGCUGUUUCCCCACAAGUGCAGAUUUCUCUCCCUUCCUUUUUUGUAUACCUCUGUUAUCCCCUCACUCCCCUCUCUCUCUUCUUUUCCUCAACUCCAUGUCUCUCACCUUCCUCCUGUCUGUACCUUAUCUGCUGCUGUACUCGUUUGCCUCCCAGCACGGAUCCUUCCUUGCUUUUCUUCAAUGUUGGACUUUGGACACUGAAACCAACUUACAACCACGGACUCUAUAAUAUAUACAGUUUAUAUAUAUAUAUAUACAUAUACAGUAUAUGUAUAUAUAUAUACAUAUAUAUAUAUAUAUUUACACAGUAUAUAUACAAAUGGUUAUAUAUAAAUAUAGUGAAAUUUAAGCCACCAUUUCUAUUCUACUGGUAUUAUGAUGAUAAUAAUGAUAAUACUAAUACUGAAAACUGAAUCUGGUUGAUGACUAUAAUAUCUGUAUUUCCGUACUUCAGUGUUAUAUAAAAGAAAAAAUAUUCUAAGAGAAACUUACUAGUGAUUGUGUGUGGAAAUCUGAGGCUGCCGUUCUGCUCUUCUGAUUAAAAACAUGCUUCUUGUUAUUGUUUUGGGUCAAACCAAGUUGUGGCUAAAAAGCAGAGACUACUACUUAUGUAAAAAACUUACAGCUAAAAAUGAUUUAUUUAUUUAUAUUAUUUUUUAUCAUUAUUAUUAAUAUUAUUAUUAUUAUCAAUCAAAUCAAUUUAUCUAAUGUUUUCUUUUCUUUUUUUGCUCUGAAAUCAAUAAAAUUUUAAUGGUACUUUUAUUUUUCUUAAACCUA